AUGAGGACAGACUUCCGCAACACAGUCGAUCGUCUCGACAAACCCAGCGCCUACUACCAAGCCAGGAACAAGCGCAGACGUGACGGCGACGACGAACCCGACGCCCCGACAGAGCCAUCCGUCGACCCUCUAGCCAAUGCGACGACGCUCUACGUCGGAAACCUAUCCUUCUACACGACCGAGGAGCAAGUCUACGAACUCUUCUCCAAGUGCGGCGAGAUCAAGCGACUCAUCAUGGGCCUCGACCGCUUCAACAAGACCCCCUGCGGCUUCUGCUUCGUCGAGUACUACACCCACCAGGACGCGCUCGACUGCAUGAAGUACGUCGGCGGCACCAAGCUGGACGAGCGUAUAAUCAGGACCGACCUGGACCCGGGCUUCGAGGAGGGGAGGCAGUACGGACGAGGCAAGUCGGGCGGGCAGGUUCGCGACGAGUACCGCGAGGACUUUGACGAGGGAAGGGGCGGUCUGGGCAGGGCCAUACAGUCUGACAGGAUGAGGGACUACGAUGGGGAGGGUAGGUAUGUGCGAUAG